UCUCUUUGUCCCCACUUUGGAACAUCUGGAGACCCCAAGACCAGUGGGCCAGGGGUUAAGGUCUCCUCCACUAUCUCGGUACUGCAUAUGCUCUGAGGAACCUUCUACAAUUUAGGAACCAAACCGCGGUUAAGCGUCCGUGGAGCAUGCGCCAUCCAUUUUUGUUUUCAAGGCAACCAAAAAUCACCACACUGCUGAGCCUUCUCCAACUCGUCCAGCAGCAUCUGCAGCAAUAUUUUGGCAGGCAAGUGCGGUCAUCUUCUGCGAAAUUCUACUAGAGUCAGAUUCCACUGUUGGCUCACCUGGCGUGAAAAAACAUGGCUUACAGAGACAACAGCUAUGUCAAGCGGGGAAUUUCUUGGAGGCAUAGAGAGAUUUUAGAUCUGCUGCAUUUCUGGGGUGAGAAGAAAAUACAAGAGGCCCUACGGAACACGCACAGAAACUUGGACUAUUUUGAGAGAAUCUCGGAGCAGAUGGCAACACGGGGCCAUAGAAGAUCGGCUCUUGAGUGCAGAUCCAAGACCAAGACCAUGCGUCUAGAGUAUAAGAAGGUGGUUGCACACAACAGCCGCUCUGGCAAUGCACCCAUCACCUGCCCCUACUACAAGGAGCUGGAAAGUAUACUUAGAGGAGAUGCUAACGUGAAGCCAAAACGCCUAGCAAGAAGCACGGUUCUUCAGGUGAUGGGUCAAAUUAGGACAGAACCAGUGGACAUACAGGAGAGAUUGGAGGAGCUCUUCUCCCAUGACCUCGAAACUAUAAAUGCUGAGGACUUAAGGAGCUCCUCACCUUGCCAAACAGGAGACUCCACCAACCAGACUGAUGACAACCAGUAUGUGCUGGAAGGAGACCUGGAUGCCACAACAGACGGUCUGGGGAAAAAUGCAGAGACUGAGGAUCGCUUCAGAAGCGUGCAGGAGAACUGGCAGGAUAAGGAGAACAGCCCACCCUCACCACGGCCCGCAGCAGACAGAACUCCAACUACAACAAUAGCAGAGUUCUCUCCGGGAACACGCCUGGCUAACAUCAGGCGUAGGAAAAGGGGGUGUUCCGGGAUCAGCAAUGCUGUGGACAAACUGAUGACCCAGUCAUCUGAGGAGCACCGUGAGGAGAUGGCUCAGCGGAGGAAGGAGCAAGAGGAAACCAGGAAGUGGCGUGAGGAGGAGAGACGCAGGCACGCCGAGUUCAUGGAGGAGAACAGGCAGGAGCGAAGGAUGUUCCAAGAAUCUUGGACAGAACACCUGGAAGUUAUGCGUGUUGCUGUGGGAACGCUGAAAACACUAGGAGAGGCAAUUCUUAUGCAGCGUCAACCAACAGUCGCUGAUUCGGUCACUGUUAGGCAACAAGAGAGCAACAUUGAGUUUCCAAAAAGGGGGGCACCCAAGCGCUCCUGUGUGGGGAAAGCCAGGGAGCGCUUGACCCUUUAGGUCAACAAUAAAACCCCAAUCCGUUUGGCGAGUAACCUUUUGUCAAACAAGUGUCUGUGCAGUGUGGAGGGGUGGACAGGGGGAAAAAGAUUGGCAAUUCAAAGAUUUUUGGAUAGACAGAAAAAUCUUAUUAUUAUUAAACAAAUAACUAUUUACAAAGAGAUGGUGUAGAAAACCCACCCCAAAACCAAAACCAAACUAUAUACAAUGUUUUGGGUGGUCAUCUCAUGGGUCCUGCCCACGAGACAGCAUCUGGACUCUCUGUUGCUCCCUCCGCCGCUCCCUUCUUUCAAUAGCAAGCAGCCUGCGCCCCUGCCAUGACACGCGUGCCUCCGGAGUUGCAAAUGGGCUCUGCGAGGUGUUCAAUUAAAAAAAACUGAAAAACAGAGAGAUGUACACUUCUUCCACGGAGAUAGUGGAUUAACCAAACAAAAUUAAAUAAAACAACUGACUGGAGGUCAUUAUUCUGCCCUCUGAUGCCUGUACCGCGGAAAGGAUGGCCUCCAAAUUGGGGAGUUGCUAAUUCCCCAGUGCAGGCCAUUGGGCAGGCAUCCCACUAGUGGAUGGAGUGGGCUCCGACUCCUCGGUUCCCUGGUCUUCUCCGUCACUGUAGUCUGAAAUGAAAAAGUCGGUUGCUGCUUGGUGUUCUUUCCGAAAGGGAUGCUUGCAUCAGCAAGUCUAAUAAUUUCUAACAUACUAUUUAACCUCACUGCAGAGGCCCCUGAGGCCUGAGUUCAAAAUUGGAUGUUGGUGGAACAUAGAGAUUGUUUGCGGAGGGGCCACUGAGGGGGCAGGCAUCCCAAUUUAUGUUUGCAGAUUAAGACCCUCCCCCAAGCCUCCAACGCAUGUGCCAAGUGCCCUGGCAUGACAACGGGGACAGAACUUCUGAGGUAUAGCCACAGUGUCAGACAUCUCAUAGUUCAACCCUGGGAGAGGUCAAUUUGGAAAUGUGACAGUGGACACUGAUAGAGCUGAUUAUAGUUUGCAUUAUCUGGCUGCCCGCAUGAAUUGGGGAGCGACAUCCACAGAUGCCGUUUCCACUCUACUCACCUUCAUUCGGAAUGCUGAAGAACGUUGUGAACAAAACGUGGAAGAUAGUGUUUUCUCACGCGAGUUUUGCACGACAUCGCAAAACCUUUGCGCGACAUCACUCCGAUCUGGGCCAGAGCACCCUGACCAGAUCCAUGAAUGUUUCUCGGUCCAUACGGAAACACUCGAUCCAUUGGCUAUUGUCCCAAGUGGUCAGGACUAUCCUGUCCCACCAGUCCCGACUGUGUUCUCAGACCCAAAAUCUGGGGACAUUCAUUCCAGUGAGGGCAUGCCAAUGAUCACGAAGCCUCCUUCGUGUUUGGUGCCAGUUUGGUGUAGUGGUUAGGAGCGCGGGACUCUAAUCUGGAGAGCCGGGUUUGAUUCCCCAUUCCUCCACAAAGCCAGCUGGGUGACCUUGGGUCAGUCACCGUUCUCUGGAGCUCUCUCAGCCCCACCCACCUCACAGGGUGAUUGUUGUGGGGUAAUAAUAACACUUUGUAAACUGCUCUGAGUGGGCAUUGUCCUGAAGGGCAGUAUAUAAAUCGAAUGUUAUUAUUAUUAUUAUUAUUAUUCUGGCCUUUCUAAGGUGUCAGUCUGAAGCGGCAGGUAUUCUUGAAGAUAGGAAAAGACUAGCGGCUACUCUUCUCCGACAGAUCGAGUGCAGAUGCACCUGACACAGUGCCAUCGAGCUCUGCACCAGGUAUCCAACCAGCUGCGCCAACAGAAGCAGCAACACUCUCUGUAGGGACAUGGUUGAGUCUUAGGAGAGGAGGAUCUCAUCAUCAGACAAGUCAAUUUGGGAAGCCCCAAGGCUAUUUAAGGGCAUUCAAAUAUGGCUAAAAUUUGGUUCAACCAAUUUUUUCAGCAGUCCAUGGGCAGGAAAACUCUGCUGCCUAUCACAAGGAAGGUUGAGGGUGGGCGAAUGCAAAUUUGGUAUUGGGAAAGUGCGAUAUAGUGCAAAACUGCGCAAAAAUUUUUUAAAAAUUAAGUGGGCAGGAAUGUGUUUUUGUAUGCAGCAACCCAAGCACUUCGACUGCCCCCUCUUGUGCUUCUGCCUAUGAAAUGUGAACUUGUGGAAGCGCAACUAGUCGUUACAAGUUGGGAGAAUCCAUUCUGAUUGUGAUAUCACAGAAAAUGAUUUGUGGCGCUAAACUGGCAGAAUGAACGGCCAGGUGAAAACGGCCCCGUUCUUUGAUGAAAAAAAAUUAUGUUCUUUUGUGAAAAGGUGGGAAGAGAUCAAAUGAGAAGCCAAAUGAUAGACUCUUGGCAGGUAUUAUGACUGAAAAUGUAUUGCAUCUGGUUAGCAAGCACUGUAGUUUUUCUUUUAGAAGUGGUUAAUAGAGGGACUAUAUGCCUGCCCUCACCCUGGUUGCUUCCAUUAGCUAAUUGCAAAUAUUAUAAAAGUACU